GAGUAUUGCCGGCCUUGACCUGCCACCUUGUCGAGAAAUUGCACAUGCCGCUUGUGAAUUGGGGCCAUUUGCAUACGAUACUUGCUGCACCUUCAUGAUACACAACUGUUAUAGCUGUCAUGCGAUUGAGGAAUUUUAAUAGGGACUCUGCCUUCGAAAAGUUCAAGCACUUUGAUGAUUUGACGGACGCGCCUCGCUUAUCAUAAUUGACUCCACGCGGGCCUCAGUGUACAUUCCGUAACAUAUAUCACGGCAAGAGCCGGGAUCCAGCAUGGGCUGCGCGGCAAGCACGCAGCGGCUGAACGUGGCGCUACCCGCUCAGCCUGGGUCGCUGGCCGGCAGCACGCCCGAGUCGAAAGCGGCUGGGGCUCCCACAGAGGCCGACCGGCAGCUCGAGCCCCAGGCACCUGUGGCGCGCAUUGUCUCUCCCGCCGCAUCAGGCCCCGCCGAAGACCCCACAAAAGACCCUCCUAAGGGGGCGGCGCCGCAGGAGCAGCAGCAGGACGCACCGGCGGCUACUGAGCCCCCAGAAGACCCGCUCGCAACCACCAGGCUUGGCAUAACGCUGCGCGGACUACGGAAGCUCCGGAAAACGCUGGAAGACCACUUUGGGGUGGAGGAGUUUGCGACCCUCACGACGGGCGACUGCAAGUCGCGGUGGGUGGAGUCUGUGACCAAGGCGCGACGCUGUCGGCUGGUGCAGUUUGAGGCGGUGGUGGAUCCAGAUGACGUGGCGCCGCCCCUUUACUUCAUCAGCCAUGCCUGGAAGAACAAGCUGUGCCUGCUGCUGGACAGCGUGGAGCGCUUCCUGGCGGCCGCCAGCCACACCACGUGCGUGUGGAUCGACAUUCUGAGUGUGAACCAGCACAGCGACACGCUGGCUCAGAAGCACGACGUGGCUGCCUUCAGCGAUGUGGUUCAGGCCUGCAGCGGCGGCACCCUGGUGGUCAUGGAUGUGGCCAACUGCAACCCAGCCACACGUGCCUGGUGCAUCUUUGAGUGGGCCCACACGCUGGGCGCGCACGGCCCCGACGGCCUGCACCUAGCGCUGGAGGACCCCGCGGACCGCCAGUCCAUCUACGGUGACCUGGACGUGCGGCGGGCCGAGUGCUUCUUUGAGGCGGACAAGACCUUCAUCAUGGGGCAGGUGGACCAGUAUCACGGCUCCGCAGACGCCUUCAACGCAAAGCUGCGGCUGCAGCUGCUGCUGGAACCGCUGUCGUACGCCGUGGACGUCAGGAGGCUGUGCCGCCGCGCCGUGGAGGGAGGCGGAGGAGGGGGAGGGGGAGGAGGAGGGGGAGGAGGGGGAGGAGGGGGAGGUGGCCAGUCGGAGGAGGGCGCUGACGGUGCUGGCGCGUGGGAUUGGGGCGCGCUGCAAGCAUGGCUGAAGCCGGGUGGAGGCGGAGGUGGAGAUGGGGGCGUCAUGGAAGGAGCUGGCGAGCAGGUUGCGAAGCUGUCGCGCGCACUCUGUAUUGUGGCUGGAGCGGGCGAGGGCAAGUCAACCAUCUUGGCCCUCCUGUGCGCCGCCGCCGCCAGCGCCGCCGCCGCCGCCGCGGGCGCCGACGCCGGACCCGACGCCCGCCUGCCAUCCGGCGGCGCGCCGGCGGGCGCGGUGGCGGCGGCGCAUUUCUGCAAGUACAACGACCAGCGGCGACUGGAGCCGGUGCGCAUUAUCAAGUCCCUGGCAUUCCAACUGGCGCUCAAAUUGCCCGCGGUGUGUGAAGCUCUACUGAAGCUGGACGCCGGAGCGGUGUCGCAGAUCAGUGACGAGGCCAAGGCCUUCGACCUGCUGCUGCUACAGCCGCUCAAGGCGCACUUUGGGAUGACGCCCGCGGCGGCAGUAGCAGCCGCAGGGGGUGCAGGCGCGGUCGAGGCGGUGGCGGCGGCGCCGCCGCCGCCGCUGCCUGCGGCCGGCAGCAGCGGAUGUGGCAGGAGUGGGCCGGCCGAAGUGGUGUUGCUACUGGAUGCUCUGGACGAGGCGGAUCCGCCUCCACCGCCACCACAAGCAGCCAAAGACACGGCAGCUACAGCUACAGCCACAGCCAGCGAAGGCGCGGCAGUGGGGGCAGUAGCCACCGCCUCGGCUCCGGUGGUGACGGGCAACCGCACGCUGCACCUGCUGACGUCGCUGCUGGUGCAGCUGCCGCCUGGGGUGCGGUUCAUCGUCACCACACGCCCGGACGCGGCGGCGGGGCAGGUUGUGCCGGCGCUGGAGAGGACCUUCGGCGGCGGCGGGGGCUCUGGAGCGGGUGGUGGUGUGGCGUUGCUGCGGCCGAGCGAUUUCCGUCCACGGCGGUUGCAGGCGGCUGUCAGUGGCGCAGCUGCGCAGACGCGCAGCUCGGGGGAUCAGCAGCAUGCAUCUGCGGCAGCAGGUGCGGCAGCAGGUGCGGGCGCCUAUGGCGGCGGCGGUGGCGGCGGUGGCGGCGGAGGCGGAGGCGGAGGCGGCGGCGGUGGCGGCGGCGGCGGUGGCGGCGGUGGCGGCGGCGGCGUGCUGGUGUACCGGGCCGUUGCGGGCGGCUGCCUGCCGCCGGACGAGGCGGCGGCGGCGCUGGCGGCGGCGGCGCGCGUGCCGCCCACUCUCAGUGACGUGUACGGCUUGUACGCCCAGAUCUGGAGCCGAUCUGUUCUGGCCGGAGGAAGCCCGGCGGCCACUGGUGCCUCCGACAAAGGCGGCGGCGGAGGCGGAGGCGCCCAUGGCGUCACCCUGGCCGCUUGUCCCGCGCCUCCGGCAUUGGCGGCAUCGGCAUCGGGGGCGGCUUCGGCGGAGGCGGCGGAGGCGGAGGCGGCGGCGUCAGCGACGCGUCAGCUGCUGUGUGUGUUGCUGGCGGCGCAGGAGCCGCUGCCGCACAGCCUGCUGCAGCAGAUGGGGCUGGGCGGCGGCGGCGGCGGCAGUGGCGGCAGUGGCGGCGGCGGAAGUGGCGGCGGCGCGCUGGCGGCGCUGCCGGGCUGGGGGCUGCUGUUCUACCUGGACGAGCACCACGUGCACACACUGCACAAGAGCGUGGUGGACUGGCUGUCUGACCCGGGGUCCUCGGGACGCUUUGCUGUUGACCCAGCCGCCGGCCAUGCCCUGCUGGGGGCCCACCUCGCGGCACUCAGGCACAGCGUCACCGGCAGUAGCAGCAAUGGCAAGGGCGGCAGUAGCAGCAAUGGCAAGGGCGGUGGCAGUGGCAGCGGCGGCGGCGCUAGCGCCAGUGCCUCCGGCCGCUACACACUGCGCUACCUGGUCACACACCUGGCAGCCGCCGCCGCCGCCGAGUCCGCGGUUCCCAGCACCUCUGCCACUUCCGCUGCCACUUCCGCUGCCGCCGCCACUGCAGCUACUGCCACUGCCGGCUCCUGCACCGCCCUCUCACCUUCCUUUGCUUUGCUGGAGGACGUCUUGUCGGACCUCAGCUUCCUGGGCGCGGCGCUGCGAGCACGUGCCGCCACUGGCAUCAUCGCGGCAUUGGGCACAAGACUGCCCCGCCACCUGCUGAGCACAGGCCGCGGACUGGCCGGCGAUGUGCUUCGCUCGCUGCGCACCUGGCUACAAGAGAUGGAGGCGGCUGUAGCACAGGCCAAGGUGGCCGGCGGCGGCAGUAGCAGCAGUAAGGGCGGAAUAGGAGGAGGAGGAGGAGCAGGAGGGGCAGGACGCGGCAGUGGCGGUGUUGGGGAGGAGGCGGUCCUGGCGGCGGCGCUGCGCGCCCCCACGCGUACGGCGCUGUACGGCCUGGCGGCUGGCGGUUGGGUACGGCAGUUGGGCGGCGCGCUGGCGGCGUGGAGUGCGGCGCGAGUGAUGCCGCCGGUCGAGUCGUGGCCGGCGUUUGAGGCCGUACUGCGGGGCCACAACGGCGGCAUCAUGUCCCUGUGCUUCGCGCCCGACAGCCGCCAGCUGGUCAGCGGCGCCGGCGACGGCACCGUGCGGGCCUGGGACGCCGCCACCGGCGCCGCCGCCGCCGUGCUGCGCGGCGGGCACCUGUGCAACGUGCUGUGCGUGGCGUGGAGCCCGGCGGGCGGCGGCGGCGCCCUCAUUGCAGCGGCGUACGAGGACUGCUCCGUGGAUGUGUGGGACGCGGCUACGGGGCAGCGACUGCGGUCGAUCAAGCACCCAGGCAAGGCCGUGGGCUGCGCCUGGGCACCCGACGGCCGGCGACUGGCCACCUGCUACGAGCCGCCACCGCCGCCGCCGCCAGCGGCGCCACCGGCAGCGGCGCCCGACGCAGCUGCGGCUUCAGGCGGCGCCGCUGGCAAGGAAGGACAGGCGGAGGAGCAGCAAGGAGAGCAGCCGAAGGAGGGUAGGGAAGAGGAGGAGGCGGAGCAGGAGGAGGAGGUCAGGGUGGUGGGUGUGUGGGAUGCGCUGUCGGGGCAACGGGUGGGACAGCUGGCGGGUGCGCCGCCAAGGGCCACGCAGCUGGCGUGGAGCGACUGUGACAACUGGCUGGCUGUUGCGGGAAUGAAGCAGAUCGCGGUGUGGGACAUGAGGGCCUGGAAGGCGGCCGCGGACGGCGCUGCAGGCGGCGUCGGCGGCGCAAACGCCAGUGGCGGCGGCGGCGGUGGGGCGGAGCUGCCAGCGGAGGACGGGUCGGCGCCUGUGGUGGUGCUGGAGGGUCACGAGGAGCGUGUGACAGUGGUGGCGUGGCGGCCGCGCGGCGGCGGCGGUGGAGGCGGCGGCGGAGGUGUUGGCGGUGGAGGCGAUGUGGGUGCUGGUGGUGGUGGGGCUGGCAGCCGCACCAGCAGAGCGAUGCCGCAGCUGGCCAGCGGGGACGUGUACGGCACGCUGAGGCUGUGGGACGUGGCAGCAGGAGCUGCGGUGGUGGAGCUGUUGAAGGCGCACGACCCACAGGUGAUGGGGCUGGCCUACAGCCCCGACGGCCGCCAGCUGGCCUCCUGUGGCCCGUGGGACCGCGCCGUGAAGCUCUGGUGCGCAGCUGCCGGCAGCUGCCUGGCCGUGCUGGAGGGCCACCUGGGGCCGGUGGCCAACGUGGCAUGGAGCCCCGACGGGCAGCUCCUGGCCUCGGGCGACUGGCUGCGCACGGUUCGUGUGUGGUCGGUGGCGGCGGCACUGCGCGAUGAGGCCGCGGGGAAGGCGGCGCAGCAGGAGCAGCAACGGCAGGAGCAGCGGCAGCAGCGGAGAAAGAGGGAGAAGGAGAGGGAGAGGGAGAAGGAGCGGGAGGCCGCGGCGCGCGCAGCAAGCGGCGAGGCCGGGGCAGCAGGGUUGGCGGCAGCCGCGGAGCAGGAGCAGGGGCCGCAGGAGGGUGAGGAAGAGGAGGGGGAGGAGGACGAGACCGACCGCCACCGCCACACCGACCGUGUCACCGCCGUGGCCUGGGCGCCGGUCACACUGCCACUUGCGACGUCGUCAUCAGCACCACCAGCUGCAGUAGGGGCAGGAGCCUGCGCUGCCACUAGCGGCGCAAAUCUGCCGCCGCCGCCGCAGCCACCGCCGCUGGCGCCGCCGCUGGCGCUGCUUGCGAGCAGCUCUGUGGACUGCACUGUCCGGCUGUGGGACCACCGCACGGGGCAGUGCCUGGCGGUUCUGCAGGGGCACACCAACGCCGUCGACACGGUGGGCUGGCGGCAGGACGCGGCGCGGCUGGCGAGCGGCAGCUGGGACAAGAGCGUGCGCGUGUGGGCGGUGGAGGCGGCCGGCCCGGCGGCGGCGGCGGCGGCGACGGCGGCGGCUGAUGCCCGUGCGGGCAGGGCGGAAACUGGUGCGACUGGCACGACGGCGGAGAGCUCGAAGGCUGGCGUUGGGGCUGGGGCUGGCGCUGGGGCUGGGGCUGGGGCUGGGGCUGGGGCUGGGGCGGGGGCGGGGGCGGGGGCGGGGGCGGGGGCGGGGGCGGGGGCGGGAGUGGUGUCUGCGCGCUGCGUGGCCACGCUGCAGGGGCACAGCAAGCGGGUGGGUGCGGUGUGCUGGUUGCCGCCUGCGGGCGAGGUGCUCGCCACCGCGGGCAUGGAUGGAGACAUCCGGCUGUGGCGGCGGCGGCACCAGCAGCCGCCGGCGCCGCCGCCAGCUGAGGGCGUAGCAGGCAGCAGUGCGGCAGCAGCAGCAGGAGCAGUAGCAGCAGCAGCGGUGGCGGGAGGAGCGGAAGGUGCUGGCGGGCCUGUGAACGCGGCCGAGCCGACAGAUGAAGAGCCGCGGGAGUGUUUCGAGGUGCUGAAAGGCCACGCCGACCGCGUGUGCGCCCUCAGCGCCAGCCCUGACGGCCGGCGCCUGGCGAGCGGGGGCAUUGAGAAGGAGCUCCGGGUGUGGUCUUGUGGCGAGGCCGGCGGUGACGGCAGCUCGGCAGUAGCUGGUACGGCGCCAGCACCUGCGCCAGCACCAACAGCACCGGCAACACCGGCAGCACCAGGGGCUGCGGCGGGGCCGGGCAGUGGCUGGCGUUGCACCGCCGUGCUGCCGGUGGGAGACAUGAUGGAUGCGGUGGCCUGGAGCCCGUGUGGACGAUACCUGGCGUGCGGCACGUGGGGAAAAGAGAUCCAGCUGUGGGCAGAGCACGCUGACACGGACGCGGACGCGGACGCGGGCACUGGAGCCCCAGUCGACUCGGCGGCGGUACCUGCUUCAAGGGUUGUGGCGGCGGACGUAGGCCCAGCAGGCGAGAAGCAGCAGCAGCUGGAGCAGCAGGCGGCGUGGCGCUGCGUGCGGAGGAUUGCUGUGGGCACCUUCGUGCACGGCCUGUCGUGGCGGCGGGACUCGGUGCAGCUGGCGAGCAGCGGCACCGACAAGGCCGUGCGGGUGUGGGACGUGGCGAGCGGGGUGUGUGUGGCGGUGCUGCAUGGGCACACGGACGUGGCGCACUGCGUGAGCUGGUGUGGCGGGGGGCAGCAGCAGCUGCUGGCAAGCGGUAGCAGCGACCUCACGAUACGGGUGUGGCGCCGAGAGGAGGCCGUUGGAGCGGGCGUGUGAGACGUUUGUGUUGCACCUACAAGCACAGAGUAAAAGAGACGCGUUCUUGAGAGGUCCGUAGAUAGGGUUUUGGCGCUGGCAUGGGCGCCAGACUGCUUGGGCCAAGCUUGGGGCGAAGCGGCACCAUCGCCGUCAGGUGCAGAGGAUGCAGUCUGAAGCAACUACUGUGUAUCCCAUCACGUGCGCCUUCAUGAGGCCUAAAGUAACACAAGUAUUGACUGGAAGACCUACCAGGCGGGGCAUGCGCUCCCCCUGCAAGGCCAGACAGGGCAAAGCCUUCCAGGCCGCGGAAGCCACGACCCUGCCUCACAAGAGGGCAAAACUGACCCCGGAGGGGAUCGAACCCCCAACCUUCGGAUAGUACCAACAAUCAUUGGAAUCCGACGCGCCACCAUUACGCCACGGAGCCGUCGGCCUUGGACGGGAUUUACGACGCGGAAUUGCCGUGGUGGAUGUGCCUAUUUCGCAAUCAUAAGUUAACAUAUUGGCU